AUGACGACAAUGGACCUCCGUGUCGGCAACAAAUACAGAAUCGGCCGCAAGAUUGGUAGCGGCAGUUUCGGUGACAUCUAUCUCGGUACCAACAUCAUCUCUGGUGAGGAGAUUGCCAUCAAGCUCGAGAGCGUCAAGGCCAAGCACCCCCAGCUCGAAUAUGAGGCCCGCGUCUACAAGUCGCUCGCCGGCGGUGUUGGCAUUCCCUUUGUCCGCUGGUUCGGAACCGAGUGCGACUACAACGCCAUGGUCCUGGACCUGCUCGGCCCUUCCCUUGAGGACCUCUUCAACUUCUGCAACCGCAAGUUCUCCCUGAAGACUGUCCUGCUCCUUGCCGACCAGCUCAUCUCCCGCAUCGAGUACAUCCACGCCAAGUCCUUCAUCCACCGCGAUAUCAAGCCCGACAACUUCCUCAUGGGCAUUGGCAAGCGCGGCAACCAGGUCAAUGUCAUCGACUUUGGUCUGGCCAAGAAGUACCGCGAUCCCAAGACUCACUUCCACAUUCCUUACAGAGAGAACAAGAACUUGACUGGUACCGCCCGUUACGCCAGUAUCAACACUCACUUGGGUGUCGAACAAUCCCGCCGUGAUGACAUGGAGUCCCUCGGCUAUGUCAUGCUUUACUUCUGCCGUGGAUCCCUUCCCUGGCAGGGUCUUAAGGCGGCCACCAAGAAGCAGAAAUACGACCGCAUCAUGGAGAAGAAGAUGACCACCCCCACCGAGGUCCUCUGCCGUGGCUUCCCCAACGAGUUCGCCAUCUACCUCAACUACACCCGCUCCCUCCGCUUCGAUGACAAGCCCGACUACUCGUACCUCCGCAAGAUCUUCCGCGAUCUCUUCGUCCGUGAAGGCUUCCAGUACGACUACGUAUUCGACUGGACCGUCUACAAGUACCAGAAGAACGCCCAGGCCAUCGCCCAGGCUGCCAACCAGGGCCAGGGCGAGGAAGACGACAAGGGCCGCGGACGCCACGUCACCACCACUGCUGCUGCCAACGCUGGCACAGCAGCUGGCACCAAGCGCGGUCCGGUCAACGCACGCCAGGAGGGCACCGGAAUGUGA